AUGCCUCCACUCGUUCGUUAUAAGAUACCAAUUAUCGGCCAUACUUUCAGUUACUUGUUUGAUAGCGUAGAAUUCUUUGCACAAUGUAGAAAAGAGUACGGUGAUAUCUUUAGUCUAUAUAUAUGGGGUCAAGUCAGGACCUUUGUUGGAAAAGAGCAUAUACAUGAAGUACUUGCAAAGGAUGACGUAUUUAGUUUUAAAGAAAUGAUCAGGAAGAAAAUACCAGGAGACGCAAUGUAUGCUGAAGGAUUCGGAGAUUCAAGAUAUAAUAUAAUGGUAAUUAAAGAGUAUAUUUCGAAAAGGUUAGAGAUAUAUAAUGAACGAAUGCAAACAAGCCUUCAUUCGAGUAUUCAGAAGUAUUUUGGUGAAAGUAGGGAGCCGAAAGUUUUUCAUAAUUUGCACUAUCCUUUGAAUAAAGUUGUGGCCGCUCUUAUUGCAAAUAUAUUUGUUGGCGAAGAGGAAGCAAAAAAUGACGAGGUCAUAGCUACAUUUGCAGAAUUUACAAGUGAUAUGGAAAUAUUUCUUGCAAUACCACCAAUUCUCGAUUUUAUAUAUCCAGGGCUUCAAGACUUUAUUAAUCGUAUUCCAGUUAGGUUAGGAUUAUACAAUCCAGCAGCUAAACAUCGAAAUAUCCUAGUUAAACAUAUAAAGAAACAAGUCGAUAAACGGUUAAAAGAGAGAAAAGUAUGUCAGGAUUCCUGGAAACGCCCUAAUGAUUUAAUUCAAGAGUUUAUAGAAGAGAAAAAUUUUGAUCCUAACAACAUUGAUUGCGCUGCGAUUGCCGAUAAACUGGCUUUUAUUAUCUUUGCGUCGAUCAUUACAACUUCAAGGAGUUGUACAAACGCCUUUAUCGAUUUGGCGUCUCGACCUGAAUAUAUACAAGAAUUAUAUGAAGAACAACUACAAAUAGCUAAAGAAGCAGAUAAGAGUGGUAUACUCCCAUUUGAAGCUCUUGAUAAAAUGAAAAAAUUAGAUAGCUUUGUUAAAGAAUCUUUGAGGCUAACUGGAGAUGUAGUAGGAAAUCCACAUCUGGUAUUGAAAGAUUAUACAUUUUCAAAUGGGUUACAAUUGCCAAAAAAUCAUGUGGUGGAUUUGUAUUUUGAUGAUAUUUGUCAAGACAAAUCAUUACAGGGGCCAAAUCCGAAAUCAUUUGAACCAUUUAGAUAUGUAAAUAAAAAUUCUCUGGCAUCAAAAAUUAGCAAAGAUUUUACGGUAUUCGGAGGUGGUAAACACGCAUGUCCCGGAAGAUUUAUUGCGACAACACAAAUUAAACUUUUUAUGCAUAAUAUAAUAUUAAAAUAUAACUUUCGUACGGAAAGUGGUAAAGUUGAGGAAAAAUUGAGAAUUGGACCGAUGACAUUCCCAAGCGCUUGUGGAGUUAUUUUCGAAAAGAGAAAUGCUACCAAUUGA